CUCCUCGCUCGCUCUCUCCUUCCUUCGCAUUCUUUGAUCUCCGCUUAACAACAGUCACGUCACAAGAGGGGGCUCAGGCGGCAGGGUGGAAGUUUGGAAAGUUUCCCCGCAGCCUCCAGAGGGCUGGAGCAGCAGCAAGCGGUAGCACCAGCGAAGCGAAGCAGGAGGAGUCGCUGCUGCUGCUGCUGCAGGAGAGUCAGCCCAGCCAGCAGCAUCCGAGCAACCAGGGAAGGAGAAGAAGGAGAAGAAGAGCAGCCUGGAAACAAGACUCCCUCCGGAGAGAAAAGAAGCAAAGCCUCGCAAGAACAUCAUAAGGAAGAGAGGAAGCAAGGAAGCACGCGGGGGGAGAGAGAGAGAGAGAGGCGAGGCGUCGGCAUGGAUCACCAGCUGCUCUGCUGCGAAGUGGAGACCAUCCGGAGAGCCUACCAAGAUGCCAACCUCCUCAACGACCGGGUCCUGCAGGCCAUGCUCAAGGCCGAGGAGACCUGCUCGCCCUCCGUCUCCUACUUCAAGUGCGUCCAGAAGGAGAUCUUACCAUAUAUGAGGAAAAUCGUGGCCACUUGGAUGCUGGAGGUUUGUGAGGAGCAGAAGUGCGAAGAAGAAGUCUUCCCUUUAGCUAUGAAUUAUUUGGACCGAUAUCUCUCUUUCGAACCCCUUAAGAAAAGCCACUUGCAACUGCUGGGAGCUACCUGUAUGUUCGUUGCCUCCAAAAUGAAGGAAACCAUUCCUCUCACUGCAGAAAAACUGUGUAUUUACACUGAUAACUCCAUUAGACCCAGCGAAUUACUGCAAAUGGAGCUGCUCCUGGUGAAUAAGCUGAAGUGGAACCUGGCUGCCAUGACCCCUCAUGAUUUUAUUGAACACUUUCUAAAUAAAAUGCCUGUGGCUGAGGACAGCAAGCAGAUCAUCCGCAAACACGCCCAGACUUUUGUGGCUCUAUGUGCUACAGAUAUUAAGUUUAUUUCGAAUCCACCUUCCAUGAUUGCCGCUGGUAGUGUGGUAGCAGCUGUGCAAGGUCUCCAUCUUGGAAACACUAACACAUUUCUCUCUUACCAAUGCCUCACACAUUUCCUAUCAAAAGUUAUCAAAUGUGACCCGGAUUGUUUACGAGCCUGCCAAGAACAGAUCGAGUCCCUCCUUGAAUCUAGUCUACGCCAAGCACAACAACACAACAUAUCUUCAGAAACAAAGACUGUUGAAGAUGAAGCUGAUCUUUCCUGCACACCCACUGAUGUUAGAGAUGUGAAUAUUUAAGGAGGACUUCAGCGUUGGGGUUUGCUUGGCUGUACCAGCAAACAGAGAACGAAUGAACGAACGAACGAAAGAAAGAAAGAAAG